GAUAGUGAGAGUCCUUAACAUCGUACUGAUAUCGCAACAUUGUCUUCCUGAACUUGUUAUUGAACCCAGAGCCUUGCACAAGCCAGUACGCACGUGCUUACUAGCCGCUGUUUCCUCAACCCAAGACUCUUCAGUUCAUGAAUAAUGACUUUCGUCCAGCAAGACAGCCUGGGCCAAGCAUUUGAAGACGCCUUUGAAGUACUGACACAACAUUCCACUGGAGAAAUGCAGUACCCCCCAGAACAUAGAAAUUACAUGGCUAUCAUUAACCCUUAUCCUCACAUCAGAGGCAAUUCUAACUACUGUGGAAUGUUACCACCCACAGAGGAACCCCUCUAUGACUGGAGAGGUGUAACAAAUGGUUCUGCGGACCUGUAUUUGGAAGGAAGCUUCCAUCAAUCCCUACAGAACGUAGCUGAAAGCCAGCUGGUACAACAAGCCCCUUUCUUCCAGGAAAAGGGAGGAAGAGGCAGGAGGAAGCUUCGGCUAUUUGAAUACCUUUUCGAAUCCCUGUGCAAUUCGGAGAUGGUGUCUUGUAUCCAGUGGGUCGACAAAGCCAAAGGCAUCUUUCAGUUUAUAUCAAAAAACAAAGAAAAACUCGCUGAACUCUGGGGGAAAAGAAAGGGCAACCGGAAACCCAUGACUUACCAGAAGAUGGCCAGAGCCCUGAGGAAUUAUGCCAGAACUGGGGAGAUCACAAAAAUCCGGAGAAAGCUGACCUACCAGUUCAGCGAAGCUGUUCUCCAAAGACUUGCUCCGUCUCACUUCCUGAGGAAAGACCUCUUCUACUCACAGUAUAACCAGCCUGAUCAGGGCUAUCUCAAUUUAAACCACUGGAAUGCAAAUUACUACGCUCACGCCAGUUACCAGAGCUGACAUUAGCUUCUUCUUGCCUUGCCAGUGUCAAGAGAGCCCAUGCUUUAGGAUUUCCAAAGCAAAUUGCUUCUCGGUUUUGGGAUUCCACACCAGCAAGACAAAAACGCAGAAAGAGAAUAUAUAAACAGGCCAUGUUUGGACUUCGCUUGUCCUGACAACUUUUAAGGGCCGACAUAUCGGUGUUGAAGGGAAUGUAGAUGUUUCAGAAGCAUGCUUCCUACAGAUCACCAUUUGUAGUCAGCGGGCUCAGUGUCCGUGAAUUGGGUAUCCAAGAACAUCCUGAAGCCAGAAUGUCUAAUCAGAAAAAUGGGGGGGGACACACAGUGGCACUUGGUAUUUUUAAAUAAACGAUUUUAUUUGAAGCAA